AAAUAAUAAUAAAAAAAAAAAAUGGAGAAUGGUUAUACUUUCUUCAUCUUUACUCAGCUAAUUAUAAUACUCAGCAGCACCAUUAACAGUAAAACUUACUUAGCCGCCACAACUGACAAAAACUCACUCGUUAAAUUCAAAACUUCCAUCACCUCCGAUCCUUACCGUCUCUUGGCCACAAAAUGGUCAACCGACACGAAUUCCUCCGUUUGUCAAUGGAUUGGUGUUUCCUGCAGCGCCAAACACAAUAACAGAGUCACGGGACUUAAUAUUUCCGGUUUUGGCCUCGGAGGAACUCUGUCCCCACAUCUUGGGAACUUGACGUUUUUAAGAUACUUAGACAUCAGUUAUAAUAUUUUCACGGGGCCCAUACCCCGUGAGCUGUCUCGUCUGAGCCGCCUGAGGUCUAUAUACCUUUCUAGUAACAACUUGACAGGCUCCAUACCCCAAGAGCUGUCCCGCUUGCAAGGCCUGCAAAUGCUAUUUUUAGAUAACAACCAGUUAACGGGCUCCAUUCCACGUGGCAUCUUCAGUCUUCCAUCUAUUAGAAUGAUGAGGAUUUCGAACAAUUACCUCUCGGGUAUGCUUCCAAGUGAUGAUAUGUGCAACAAUCUCCCCAACCUCACUAAGCUUUCCGUGUCGCUCAAUCAAUUGGAGGGCCAAAUUCCACCAAAUAUAGGCAACUGCACAAAGCUUGAGAUCCUGUCGUUAUCCUAUAACCGUUUCAAUGGGGAAAUCCCAAGUGAAAUUGCAAGUUUGAGCAUGCUCACGGAGUUGUACCUGGGCUAUAACAACUUGAAAGGAGGAAUUCCCCCAGAAUUUGGAAACCUUUCACGGCUACAGAUAUUAAGCAUCAGUAAUGCUUCUCUCACAGGUAAUUUACCACAAGAGCUGAAUAAGUUGGCAUUCCUUGAGGAAUUAAACGUAGACAACAAUCACUUGUCCGGUCCAAUCCCACCAUGGAUCUUCAACAUAUCAACUUUGAAGAUUUUAAGUCUUUCAACUAAUCGUUUCUAUGGAAUUCUUCCCAUCUCUCCCGAGCUCUCUCUUCCAAAUCUCAAAGAAUUGUAUUUGUGGAGCAAUGAACUCAAUGGGGAGAUUCCGAUUUCUAUCACAAAUGCUUCUUAUUUAGAUAGACUGGAAUUGGCAAAUAACUCGUUCAGUGGCCCCAUACCAAACUUGGGCAAGUUAAGGCUCUUACGAACGCUUUACAUUUGGGGUAAUUCUCUAAGUGGAUUAGGAUUAAUCUCUUCAUUAGCUAAUUGCCAGUUUUUGGAGCACUUAGUAAUUUCGUUCAACCCACUUAACGGCAUCCUCCCUGAUUCCAUUGGGAAUUUAUCAAAAUCUCUUACAAUGUUUGGGGCACAUGGCUGCAACAUUAAUGGAGUUAUUCCUUCUACCAUCGGAAACCUGAUUGGUCUGCAACUUUUAGACUUAUCAGAAAAUCAGAUCACAGGAGUUAUCCCUCCAACAAUAGGGAAAUUAAAUCGGCUUCAAAGAUUAAUUCUUUAUGUCAAUCAACUGCAUGGGUUUAUCCCUCCAAAUAUUUGUGGGAUGAGUAAUAUAGGUGACUUGUACCUGAGCGAAAAUAGCCUCACAGGUCCCAUACCUGAAUGCUUCAGUGAGCUUAAAUCCCUAAGAAAUAUCUACUUAGGUUCCAACAAGUUGAAUUCCAGCAUACCUCUCAACUUCUGGAACUUGAAGGACCUUUUGUUUCUCAACUUGUCCUCAAACCGUUUGAGUGGUCAACUUCCAUAUGAAAUUGCAGGUUUGAGACAACUAAAUCAACUAGAUUUGUCUUAUAAUCAAUUUUCCGGAGACAUUCCAAGAUCAAUCGAUGGUUGCGAAUCAUUAACGUCUCUAAAUUUGUCGAACAACAAAUUUGAAAGAUCCAUUCCUACAUCACUGGGGAACAUCAUAGCCUUGAGGGAAUUGGAUUUGUCUAAUAAUAAUCUUUUGGGGCUGAUACCUGAGUCCUUAGAGGGCCUCAAAUUACUUCGAUACUUCAAUGUGUCUUACAACAAAUUGGAAGGAAUGAUUCCCACAGGUGGCCCUUUUGUUAACAUUACUGCUCAAUCUUUUCUUCACAACUCUGCUCUUUGUGGAGAUCAAAGAUUUCAAGUGCUUCCAUGUAUUGGGAGAAAGAAAGUUAAUCAGCUGAUGAAGUAUAUUGUGGCUCCAUUCGUUUCAGUUAUCAUAUUAACAGCCAUUAUAGUACUUGUGUUGGUGAGGACACGAAAACCAAAAAGAGGGCUUGCUCCUACUGAUGAUAUUUCACUAGGUGUUACUUGGAGAAGAAUCUCAUACAUAGAACUUGUUAGGGGAACUCAUGCCUUCAGCGAAACAAACUUACUUGGAAACGGCAGCUUUGGUUCGGUUUUCAAAGGGGUGCUUUCUGAUGGACUAAAUGUUGCAGUGAAAGUCUUCAACUCGCAAUUAGAAAGAGCUAUCCACAGUUUUGAUACGGAAUGUGAAAUACUUCGCAGCAUUCGACACAGAAACUUGGUCCAAAUAAUUGGUUGUUGUAGCAACACAGAAUUCAAAGCUUUGGUUCUGAAGUUCAUGCCAAAUGGCAGCCUCGAGAAAUGGUUGCACUUGGAAAACUGUGUCUUGGAUUUGAUAUCAAGGCUGCAAAUUGCAAUAGAUGUUGCAUUAGCCUUGGAAUAUCUCCACCAUGGCUAUACAUUCCCGGUCAUUCAUUGUGACAUAAAACCGAGUAAUGUGUUGCUUGAUGAGGAUAUGGUUGCCCACCUCUGUGAUUUUGGGAUAGCCAAGCUCUUUGAUGAUGGGGAGAAUAUUGUUCUUACGAAAACCUUGGGGACAAUUGGUUACGCCGCACCAGAGUAUGGAUCAGGAGGCCGAGUGUCAACAAGUGCAGAUGUUUAUAGCUAUGGCAUACUGUUGUUGGAAAUGUUCACGAGCAAGAAGCCAACUGAUGAUACUUUCAAUGAAGAGAUGAGCUUGAAAGAGUGGGUACUUCAAGCACUACGAGAAAAUGCAGUAGCUAAAAUCGUGGGCCCUAAUUUGCUAGCAAGUGACGAUCAGCAAUUUCAUGUAAAGGAAGAAUGUGUCUCGUCUAUCUUUGGUUUGGCAAUGAGAUGUUUGGCUGUUAUGCCCGAUGAAAGGAUGAACAUGAUGGAAACAACAGCUACAUUGCAGAGGAUUAAAGCCAAAGUUGUGGCUGACACUACAAGUCAUCAACAAUAUGCAUUGUCCAUUAUUUCGAGACAAUAGGUAUUGAUAUAUAAUACGGCAUGGUUUCCAAUAUUAUGUUUAUAGUGUGAAUUUAAGACGGUGGCAUAUAUGAACAAUGGGCUUUCUACUCGGGUUUAAGACGUGC